CAACCGUGUGCAUUCCGCCGCAGUGAGCAUGAACCUCGAACCCGAGGUGGUGAUUUUCAACCUCUGAACACAGCCCACGGUGCUUUCCUGAUCCAUCCAGCAAGCUUCUCCAGACCUGAGCAGGAUAUCAGGUUCUCAGGUUCUCGCCACCAUGCGCUUCUUCGUGCUCUUCAUCCUGCUCUCCUGCUCGUGCGCUCUGGGCGGCUGCGAGACGAAAAUCGUGAACAUCGGCGCGGUUCUGAGCCAAAAGCGCUACGAGCAGGUGUUCCGGGACGCCGUGAACCAGGCCAGCGCGCUGUACGGCAGAGACCGCUUUAAACUCAACGCCAUCUCCGUGACGCACAAAGCCAACGCGAUUCAGAUGGCGCUGUCCGUGUGUGAGGACCUCAUCUCCAGCCAGGUCUAUGCGAUUUUGGUGAGCCACCCUCCACAGUCCAGUGACCACCUCACCCCUACACCGGUCUCCUAUACUGCAGGCUUCUAUCGUAUCCCUGUGGUCGGCCUCACAACCAGGAUGUCCAUCUACUCCGAUAAGAGUAUCCAUCUUUCCUUCCUGCGCACCGUGCCACCUUACUCACACCAGGCACAUGUGUGGUUCGACAUGAUGCGUGAGUUCCGCUGGAACCACAUCAUCCUGAUCGUCAGCGACGACCAUGAAGGUCGAGCCGCACAGAAGAGACUCGAGACCCUUUUGGAGGAGAGGGAGACCAAGAAUAAAAAAAGGAACUAUGAAAACCUCGACCAACUGUCCUAUGACAACAAGCGAGGACCUAAGGCAGAGAAAGUCCUCCAGUUCAACCAAGAGACUAACUUAACUGCCCUGCUGCUGGAGGCCAAGGAGCUGGAGGCUCGCGUGAUCAUUCUGUCCGCCAGUGAAGACGACGCUGCUGCCGUGUACAAGACUGCUCGGUUUCUCAACAUGACUGGCUCUGGUUACGUGUGGCUAGUCGGAGAGCGGGAGAUGUCUGGUAAAGCUCUGAGUGAAGCUCCUGAUGGACUAAUUGGCCUUCAGCUCAUUAACGGCAAGAACGAGUCAGCACACAUCAGCGAUGCAGUGGCGGUUGUGGCUCAGUCCAUUCAGGAGCUUUUCGAGAAGGAGAACAUCACCGAACCGCCUCGGGGUUGCGUGGGCAACACCAACAUCUGGAAAACUGGGCCACUCUUUAAAAGGGUUCUGAUGUCAUCCAAAUACCCAGAAGGCCUGACAGGACGAGUGGAAUUUAAUGAUGAUGGGGACAGGAAGUUCGCUCAUUACAGCAUCCUUAACUACCAGAAGAGCAGGCUGAUUCAAGUCGGCAUUUAUAAUGGAACCCAGGUGGUGCUAAAUAAGCAGAGGAAGAUCAUCUGGCCUGGAGGAGAUACAGACAGGCCGAAGGGUUUCCAGAUGUCCACAUGGCUAAAAAUAGUCACAAUACAUCAGGAGCCUUUUGUGUAUGUCAAGCCGACCUUGCAGGAUGGGACCUGCAGGGAAGAGUACACACCAAACGGAGUCUUAAUUAAAAAGGUGAUCUGCACUGGACCAAAUGAGACCAUCCCAGGACGCCCAAUAGUACCUCAGUGCUGUUAUGGAUUCUGCAUUGACCUACUAAUCAAGCUGGCCAUGACAAUGAACUUUACUUAUGAGGUCCAUCUAGUGGCUGAUGGGAAAUUUGGAACGCAGGAGAGAGUGAACAACAGCAACAAGAAGGAGUGGAAUGGUAUGAUGGGAGAGCUCCUGGGUGGCCUUGCAGACAUGAUCGUGGCUCCGCUAACGAUAAACAAUGAACGAGCUCAGUACAUUGAAUUCUCCAAACCGUUCAAAUAUCAGGGACUCACCAUCCUUGUGAAAAAGGAAAUCCCUCGUAGUACGCUGGACUCGUUCAUGCAGCCAUUCCAGAGCACGCUGUGGCUGCUGGUGGGUCUGUCGGUGCAUGUGGUGGCGGUGAUGCUUUACCUACUAGACCGGUUCAGCCCAUUCGGAAGGUUUAAAGUAAACAGUGAAGAAGAAGAAGAAGAUGCCCUCACCUUGUCUUCAGCUAUGUGGUUCUCCUGGGGAGUGUUGCUGAACUCUGGAAUUGGAGAAGGUGCCCCCCGCAGCUUCUCAGCGAGAAUCCUAGGCAUGGUGUGGGCCGGCUUUGCUAUGAUCAUUGUAGCAUCCUACACUGCCAACCUGGCUGCCUUCUUGGUGCUGGACCGGCCUGAGGAGCGCAUCACCGGCAUCAAUGACCCGAGGUUGAGGAACCCAUCAGACAAGUUUAUCUACGCCACAGUGAAGCAGAGUUCGGUGGAUAUCUACUUCCGGCGUCAAGUCGAGCUGAGCACCAUGUACCGCCACAUGGAGAAACACAACUACGAGAGCGCUGCUGAGGCCAUCCAGGCUGUCCGGGACAACAAGCUGCAUGCUUUCAUCUGGGACUCUGCGGUGCUGGAGUUUGAAGCCUCGCAGAAGUGCGACCUGGUGACCACGGGAGAGCUGUUUUUCCGUUCGGGCUUUGGCAUAGGCAUGCGCAAGGACAGCCCCUGGAAACAGAAUGUGUCCCUGGCUAUUCUCAGUUCCCAUGAGAAUGGCUUCAUGGAGGACCUGGAUAAAACCUGGGUGAGAUACCAGGAGUGUGACUCAAGGAGCAAUGCCCCAGCCACACUCACCUUUGAAAACAUGGCAGGAGUGUUUAUGCUGGUAGCUGGAGGCAUUGCAGCAGGGAUCUUCCUCAUCUUUAUUGAGAUCGCAUACAAGCGACACAAAGACGCCCGCAGGAAGCAGAUGCAGCUAGCCUUUGCGGCCGUAAACGUCUGGAGAAAGAACCUGCAGGAUAGGAAAAGUGGUAGAGCAGAGCCCGACCCCAAAAAGAAACCCUCUUUUAGGUCCAUCAGUACCACCCUGGCCUCCAGCAUCAAGAGACGUAGGUCCUCCAAAGACACGCAGUACCCACCCACAGACAUCACGGGUCAACUCAACCUGUCCGACCCAUCUGUCAGCACCGUGGUGUGAGACAGAGAAAGAAGAAACGUUCAUUUCUUAAAAACAGACAUGGGGUGAGGGGAACCGGUGUUCACCCAGGGGAGGGAAUUUCCCUCGUCCCAAGUCGCUCACGAGCUUCUGCACCUUUAUGAGGAGAAGACAGAAGAGCUGGUCUUCUAAAGUGGACAUUUUUGGAGAUUGGCAUAGCGCUCCAUUGCACUGGAUUUCUUAUAACAUAUACACACACACACACACACACACACACACACACUCAACUAUAGUCUUCACAAGCUGACAUUCCAAACAAGACACAUUAUAAGGUCUCGCUUAAUCUAGCAAUGAUUUCUUUCACAAUCUUUUCAGUAUUUUUGUAUAGGUUGUUAUUGUGAAUGCUUUUGCGUCCAUUAAGUGCUGUAUGUACAUAUAUUUUAUCUC